CCUCAGUUCUACAGAGACGAGUGACUAGAAAAGAUAUCAAAACACAAACAAUUUUUUUAAACUAAAUUUAAAUUAAAUAAAAAAGCUCAAAAUAAAAAUGAGGAAAGCCAGUGUGGUUUCGAUGAAUUCAAUUUUUCAUCAUGUCGGAUCAAAUCCGAUCAUGGAAGAAAGUGACGAAGAUGAAUCCAGUGAGAAAAGCAGAAAAUAUGACAUUGAACGUCAGAUGUACCAUCAAGAACGACCAAAUAUCGCACUGCCUUGGAGCAUGAUAAUUUUGAGUUUUGUACAGAUCGGAUUACACUUGGCUGUGAGCAAAAAUGGAUGGAGUGACGCGCUUGCAUUUAUUCCAUCGGAGCGAUAUCAGGUCUGGCGCUACGUCACUUACAUGUUCGUUCACGUGGAUGCCCUUCACUUGUUCUCGAAUAUCUUGCUGCAAAUUAUUGCCGGAACCAUUUUGGAAGGCGAUCAAGGGCAUUUCCGAGUGUUGGCUGUAUAUUUUGGGGGAAUCGUUGCAGGAGCGUUGGGAUGGUCUCAUGCUGACUUAUCAAUCGUUGGAUGUUCAUCCGGAUCAUAUGCCUUAUUUUUUAGUCAGAUACCUCAAGCUUUAUUGAAUCACUCGACAAUCCCAUAUUUCAAAGCAAGAAUAUCGUGUCUGAUGUUGGCAAUCAUCGCUGCGACUUUUUAUGAAGGAUACAUGAUCUUGUUUUCCGCGGAUUUUUUGCACAAAGUUGCAAUUUCGUCACAUUUCUUUGGAUGCAUGGCUGGAAUUAUUGUUGGUUUUGUGAUUUAUCGCAAGAAACAUGUCGUAAUUCAGUAUUCUUUCGCUUUUAUACUUUUUUACGUGUUGAUUCUGGCAAUUGUUUACAACGUCUAUAGAGUUGCUUGAAGAUUUUGUGAUAAAAAAUAUUAAGAAUAAUAUUUACGUGAAUUAAGUUAUGUAAGAAUCUGAUAAAAAUUUAAUGUGAAAAUAAUUAGGUCAUAAGAGAAAUGAGAUUAAAAAUUGUAUUAAAAUAAAAAAAAAAGU